GCUGCAAUACAUGGAACUACAUUUCCCAGAAGGGAUUGUCGCGGAGCCCACGGUGUAGGAAUUGGUGGUGAUCGGGACAGAGUGACGGGCCACUUAUCAUGGCUUUCCUGUCCCGGUGCUUUGGGUGCUACACUUGCAGAUCAGUGACCUUGUUUGGUGGCAGGUAUCUCCAAUCCAGGGCCUGGAUGGGGCUCCCGGACUUCUGGGGCCUCACGUCCCUGCAGCAGGCCCGUGGCCGCGCGCGCGGAAACGAGUAUCAGCCGAGCAAUAUCAAGCGCAAGCACAAGCAUGGCUGGGUCCGCCGGCUGAGCACCCCGGCCGGCGUGCAGGUCAUCCUCCGCCGCAUGCUGAAGGGUCGCAAGUCUCUGAGCCACUGAGGAGUGCAACGCCGCAGGGCGCCCGCGGGAAUAGUCUCAGACGCCAGAAGAGAAGUUGGGGCGAGUUGAAAGUGGGGACCUAUCUCUUCGUAUUCAGAACUUGCAGAGCCUCCGGGUCCCCGUGUCUCCUGUCCAGAGUUGCUCACUGACCACAGCAGCGGUGGCGCCCCUUCCUGCGAUAGCUCAUCCGUUUCUGUGAAUAUUUUUGAAGGCAUCUUUGCAAGAUGGGCUCAUUAAAACAUCGCCACCAUCCCAACAUUUCCAGCCAUUCUGAAGUAUUACUGGAUCACUAAUAAAUAUUCGCGUUUGGGGGCUACA